GUUGUGUCAAUUAUAGGAGAGACAGCGAUUAGUGGCUUUCAGGGAGGAAUCGACACUUUCGAGCAGAGUCAAAAUGCUCAAACAAUCACUACAAAUGAUGAUGAGGAUGAUGCCCUCAACAGACAUUGGAGAAUGGAAUUUUUGAAUGAAAACAUCAACUCAGGGGAAUAUGACAUGAUAGUUCCAGGGACACAUGAGACAAGCCAUCUAAGAGAAGAGCCAGAAGAAAUCCCAGAUACAUGUACAGUGCCACAAAGAAAAAUAUCAAGGAAGACAAAGGAAUGCAGACUGGACAGAGUGGUAGAUGUUGAAUCAGAGAAACUGUUGUGUUUAAAAAGGUUGGUGGAAAUAGAAGAGGAAAAGUUACAGUUGAAGAAGGAAGUGUUUCAAUUUAAGAAAAUGAAAUGGGAGGCAAAGGUGGCCCAAAUGAAUUUACAAACAAUGCUAGAAUGAAUGCUAAUAAAUAUUUAUUUACAUGU